AUGGCUCAAAACGGACGCGUCUUCAACAUGAACACCCUUGCGGGCGUAUGGGGCGCCUACCUCUACGACCCCCAAGGCGCAUUACAUGCCGCACGUACAGCCGCUCUCGCUUUGCUCGCUUCACUCGGCGUAUACCAGUUCCCCAUCAAGGACUACUGGUCCGUCGGCGGGCAAGAGAAGCGGACGAUCGCGUACAUGAACUUAACGGAGAGCUACAAGAACGAGACGGAGUCGAUGUCGGACAAAGUCAAAGCGCAGUUCGACUUCGUUACGGAACAGAUGAAGAACUAUACCGAGCAGAAGCUGAACUUGUCGCAACCGAUCGAGGAGCAGUGGGGCGAGAUCAACCGGAAUAACUACCUCAUACAAGAGAAUUUAAAUCGGCUGCAGACCGAUGCGGUCCGGAAUAUCACGCUUGAGAUGGAGGGCCGGUGGUUGGCUACUGAGAGCCGGCUGGCAACUCUGUCCAGACUCUCUGAUGCUGGCAUUUGGAUUAUCUUCUUCAUAGUCAUCCUCCUCGGAGCGUUCGCAGGGGCCUGGUAUAAUCGGAAUGUCAGGAUGCAGGAGGUGGACGACAGGCUCACCGCACAGAUUGAGCAGCUGGGUGCUGAUAUCGAGAGGAAGAGAGACGGAUGGACAUAUCGGGCCAUUCGAGAUCUGUUUAGCGACCCGGGCGACGAUGAUAAAAGCAACGACGAAGACGGCGAUGAUAACACGCCCGCGAAACAUUACGGCGCCGCGAAACGCAGGGAGCUUCGAGAAUUGCGCCGGAUUGUCUAUCGCAGGAUCGACCGUAGGGCCCACAGAGUAGUACAGCCUGCCGUGGCUAAGGCAGAGACCUUUGGGGAUGAGUUGAAAAGGAGGAUAAACGCUCUCGAGGAUGACUUUAUGGACGAUGCCCAAGGGAUUGAGCAUCCCAUGACCCAUACCAACCAGCUCUGGAUAGAUCUUGAGAAGGAACGCAAAGCACGACAGGCCUUGGAGGCAAGGUUGGACGCACUUACGCAACACGGUGGAGUCCAAGCAACUUCGAAUCAUACGGACACGGGAGAUGACGUCUCGAAUGAGGCCGGAUCUGAGAAGUACUUGACCGAGGAGCAAGCCACCGAGCUCUUUGGCAGGCUGAAUGCGGCCGCGGGAACCACACAAGCCCAACAGUCGCUGGAAGUCGGUCAGACGACCGAUGAGCUUCAACGAGAGAUCGCAGAAGCCAUGGAGGAUCACAAAGACUCAAAGACAUCCGCCGUCAAUCCCCAAGACUUCGACUUGCGUAUCACCAAGCUAGAGAAGAAGGUCCAAGAGGUCGAUUCAGGCAGACGCGAACCAACCAAGACGACCUCUGAAAAGACUGUCACUGUCCUGGAGACCAGCAAUUUCGUCGGCAAAUCCGAGUUGAAUGAGCUCAGGAAGGAGUUUAAGGAAAAGCUCGAGAACCUCAAGUCAUGUAAUUGCAAGACGCCAACGACCUUGGAAAACACUCUCUCUGCCGACAAUAGUCAAGUCAGCGUGUCGGAAUUCGAGGAACUCAAGGAGAAGUUUGAGAACUUUAAGUCAUGCAACGGCGAGACCCCGACUGUCUUAGAAAACGCUAGCCCAGCCGAUAUCAGUCAGAUCAGCGCGUCUGAAUUCGCCGAACUCAAGCAGAAGGUAGAGGACAUCAAGCCAUGUCACUGUAGCUCCCAACCAGAGUGGGGAACAAUCAACUUAAGUUGA